UGCCGAGGUUUAAAGUACCAACAAUGGGGAAGAUCGAUCAGAGAGUAAUAAGAGAAGGUACGAUGAGCAAUGCAAACUGCAGUAGGGUCUCAAAUCAAAACGCAAAGAUUUUCAUAAAAUUGGAGACAUGGCAAGGGACCAUCUUCCGUUUUCGAGUGAAGGGCUCUGAUGUCGUUUGGUGCAUCAAGAACAUUAUGAAUUAUUUGGAGGGAACACCGGAGGAGCUUCAAAUUUUGAUGCAUAAUGGAUUGGAGUUGGAGGAUUACAGAUCUUUCAACUAUUACAAUAUUAAGACGGGUUCUAAACUUCAUCAACGUGUUAAAAGAUAUGUAUUGAAUAUUGAAUAAACACCAUUAACGCUAUGCUAAUAAACCCCUAAUUCCCCAUAUUUCUGCCUAAAAAAAAUGUACAUUGAUUUUUAUCAUGAAUGGAUA